CCAAUACAAUAUUUCACAGUGGCAUCAGCGAUUGCAUUCACAUAAUGUAACCCCGGCAACGUAGUGGGACCUAUUCAGUGUUUACUCAGAACCAGUAGUGAGUAGUCAGUAGUUAGUCCUGCAGUGUCAGAGUGGUACCUAGUGUUUGCACUGAGCGCUACCUUAUAGGAUGGCAAGCGCUUUGGACUCAGUUAUUUCGCUUGCGGUAAUAUUAUGCGUUUGCGUGGUCCAAGCGCAAAGAAAGCCCAUUAAAGAGGCGCUGUUUCUGAACACCGAUGUGUUCAACUCCACGAUGGAAGACUGCGUGUGGCGCCGGGAGCGCGAGCCUUGUCCAGACCCGAACGUCACUCUCAACCUCUACACCGAAGCUGAGCCGUUUAAAAAUGAGGUUGACCUGUUCAGCGAGGACUGGCUCCGGCAGAGCAGUUGGGAGCCGUCGCAUGAAACUAUCCUGCUCAUACACGGCUAUGCAGGCGGAGACGACACUCUGCCUAUUGUAGUGCUGAGAGAUGCCUACCUCCGUCGCGGCGGCUACAACGUGUUCAUGCUGGACUGGGGCCAGCUCGCCCAGCCGCCCUGCUACGUCGCGGCCGUGCACAACCUGAGGCCCGUCGCGCGCUGUGUGGCGGAGGCCUUAGGGUCGCUGAGACGAGCUGGGCUGAGGCCCGAUAGACUCACCUGCGUUGGGCACUCGCUUGGCGCGCACAUGUGCGGCAUCCUGGCUAACUAUUUGAACUUCAGACUGAAUAGAAUUAUAGGGUUAGAUCCAGCGCGUCCUCUCAUCAGAUCCGCGCCAGCGCUGCGGCUCGACCCCGGAGACGCGAGGGCGGUGCACGUGCUGCACACCAACGCCGGCCGCUACGGGGAGGGCGCGCGACUCGGACACGCCGACUUCUGCCUCAACGGGGGACGCAGCCAGCCUUAUUGUGAAGACACGCCCAACGAGGCACUAUGUAGCCACGUGUGGUCGAUCUGCUACCAGGCUGAGAGCCUCUUCCGGCCGAGGUCAGCCACCCCUUGCGGCAGGCGCUGCUCUGUGAGAGUUCCCCCGGGACGGGCAUCGGCUUUGCCCGUACCUUUGGGACAACACGCUCCUAUGACUGCAUCCGGGGCCUAUUGCGUGGAAGACUUCACGACUCCAUUCUGCCCGAGCACGAGCGGGCUGGCGGAGGGCGACGAGCGCUGCUGCCUCGACAAGCAGUACGCGGCCGCGGCCACGACCACGCGCCCGCCGCGCACGCGUCCGCGACCCGUGGCCCGGCUGCGCGCGCGCCGGAUCAAGAACAACGACCAUAACGUCACACUGGACGUCAACAAUCACUUUUAAACGCAUUUAGAUACUGAUUUUACUGGAAUAAGUUUUUUUGAGUGUAGCCAUAGUUACGAGCGUCAGCGAUCUAAUCGCAGAUCAUUUUCUUGUCUGUCGUGAGAAGAGCGUACUCUUGACAGAGCGGUCGUGGUCAUCACUGUAAUGCUAUCACACGCUUAACAUUCCUCUCUGUGUGCC